AUGCAGGCCAAAGAAAAGUGGUUGACCAGGUUCCAUUUCCCAACAGCCAUUGGGGUUACUGACUGCAUGCACGUUCGUAUUGAAAAGCCAGCCCAAUUUAGAGACGAAUAUAUAAAUCGAAAAGGUUUUAGCAGUAUUACUGUGCAGACCACAUGCGAUCAGAAUUGUGUUAUAACUAGUAUAGAUGCAAGUUGGCCUGGAUCUGUUCAUGAUUCUCGCAUAUGGAAGAAUUCGGCAGUAUGUGAAGUCAUGAAUAGGACAAGAAACACUAUACUACUAGGGGACAGUGGAUAUGGUAUAAUGUCAUGUCUCAUGACUCCCUAUCCCAACCUCCUCGAGGAAUAUCAGAUAGCCUUCAACAGGCUGCUCAAAUCAGAGCGAGUUGUGAUUGAGCAUACAUUUAGGCAACUGAAACGGCGAUUUCCUAUUCAAAACUAUGGAUGCAGAUUGAAAUUUACCAGUAUUCCUAAAGUUAUAAUUGUAUCUCUGUAUCUUUUACUUUAUUUAUCCAAAGCAUUUCCCUGCAAGGAAAAGGUAGAGAUUAUAAAUACGAAUUGUAGCAAAACCUUUUACUUCUACCUUCUACCUUUUACUUGA